GUCGGUUACAUGUCUCAAAACAUAUAUCGAGUAUGGAUUCCUGAGCUCGAUCGGGUGAUUGUAACUAGGAACGUUACAUUCGACGAGCGUACAAAGUACACUCCCCAACCAGAACUCGCACCGGGAGAUCUCACCACACUAUCAUCUAUAGCAGAUGGCCUUGAGAUCUCAGGGGUGGGUAACGGCGAGCUCGAAACAAUUAAGAGCACGAUCAAGAAACCAUGGAGGUGGUGAUCUCAGGGGUGAUCCAUCAAGAAGAAAAGGGAGAAGCUGAAUACCUCCUUGGCCUCCUCACACCUGAGACAACGCCAGCACCAACCGCUUUUAGAAAUCGCACUCUAGAACCUCCACAAGGAGCUCUAGAAGCGCCAACCCAAGCUAAUCAGGGGUCGAGUAGUUUGGAUGAGUUAGAGGAAAGCACAUCUCCUCCUAACCAUACGACCUCUGAGCACGCAACAUUGGAUGGUGAGUUCGCUACUCACCACCCAGCGAAUGCUCACGAAGUGCAGCCUACGACCGAAGCUCGUAGUCCUGUAGAAGAAGUAGAAGCAGAAGAAAUGCUCUCACAAGAAGUUGCAGAAAGCUCUACAGAGCAGGACACCUGUAUGCUUCAGCGAAAGGCUUCGAUCGAGAGGAAGAACAGGUUUAUACAGCACCCGGAUCGACGACCUUAACACAACGCAUGCUGUGAUCGCAGCCUCUAUCCUACAGGGGCGAGCAUUGCGGCAGACAACACUAAUCCCACCUACGAACCAAAAAGAUCUUCCAAAAGCGCCUAAAGCAUGGCGCGAUCUAGAGAAGCACCUUUACGGCGCUCAAUUCAAGGAUGACGCUGAGCUUGAGCUUAAGAAACUCGAGUCAAAGGACUGCUGGAGAAUUAUUCCUGAACACGAAAUACUGACUGGAACAAAGCCAAUACCACUGAAAUGGG